GGCGCACUCCUCUUCCCUCAUUGGCGGCGGCGCAUUAGUCUACACCCUUUUUUGUUUGUUUGUGCGGGGGAAAUCGUUUUCACCUUUGCCUCUGGCGCGUGCAAAACAUAUGUGAGAAAAGUAGGAAAUAACUUAACACUAGAGUGUAUGUGAUUGCAGACUAAAAUCCCUUAUCGAUGGAGUUGAAAGAGAUUCAGAGACUAGAAGGUCACACCGAUAGGGUUUGGAGCUUGGAUUGGAACCCUGCCACCGGUCACGCCGGUAUCCCACUCGUCUUUGCUUCUUGCAGCGGCGACAAAACCGUCCGAAUCUGGGAGCAGAACCUCUCCUCUGGCCUUUGGGCCUCAAAGGCCGUUUUGGAAGAAACGCACACUCGAACCGUUCGAUCGUGCUCGUGGUCACCGUCGGGGAAACUCUUGGCAACUGCAAGCUUCGAUGCCACCACUGCCAUAUGGGAGAAUGUUGGCGGUGAUUUUGAGUGCGUCUCUACUUUGGAGGGACAUGAGAAUGAAGUAAAGAGUGUGUCGUGGAAUGCGUCUGGAACGUUGCUUGCGACAUGUAGUAGGGAUAAAUCGGUUUGGAUAUGGGAAGUGCAACCGGGGAAUGAGUUUGAGUGUGUGUCAGUUUUGCAAGGACAUACGCAGGAUGUGAAAAUGGUGAAGUGGCAUCCCACCGAGGAUAUCUUAUUUUCGUGUAGCUAUGAUAAUAAUGUUAAGGUUUGGGCAGAUGAAGGUGAUAGUGAUGAUUGGCAGUGUGUUCAAACUCUUGGAGAACCCAAUAAUGGUCACACUUCUACUAUUUGGGCCCUCUCCUUCAAUGCUAGUGGAGACAAAAUGGUUACCUGUAGUGACGAUCUUACCCUGAAGGUAUGGGAAUCAGAAAACAUCGGGAUGCAAUCUGGUGGUGGAUUUGCACCUUGGAGGCAUCUUUGCACUCUUUCAGGGUAUCAUGAUCGGACUAUUUUCUCUGUUCAUUGGUCAAGAGAAGGUAUCUUUGCCAGUGGAGCUGCUGAUGAUGCUAUACGGCUUUUUGUGGAUGACAGUGAAAGUCAGGUUGGUGGUCCUCUGUACAAGUUGCUGCUGAAGAAGGAGAAGGCCCAUGACAUGGAUGUAAAUUCGGUGCAGUGGAGCCCUGGGAAGCCGCUACUAGCCUCCGCCAGCGAUGAUGGGACAAUCAAGCAGCAUUAGCUCUUGAACACUCUUCAACCAAAGCCGCACGUGCCAUGGUGAUUGUGCUUGGAACUAAAGGAGCAUCAAAUGCAGUGCAAUCUAUCCAAUCCUUCAACAGCUCCUCCUGACCCCAUAUUUCUGGAAUCCAAACCCUUCCAGCCACUUCAACCCUAUGCCUCUUCAGCCUCUCACGUCCACUAUCCUCUCCCAAAGCCUCUGCCACGCUUGUUUUUUCUGCAACAUCCAUUGCAUGUGAAGGCUCCUUCAAUGCCACUUUCUCUUUAUUGCAAAAAAGGGUUUUUGAUGCAGAUGGGUUUUGUGUAACAUCCUUAUCUCUAUCAUCAUCAUGGCUACGAGUGCUCAAGAAGGGUCCUUCUUCUUGUUCUUGCUCCAUGUUGAUGUUAUCUUUAGAUGGGUGGGGACUGUUUAGGUCCAAUGGUUGAGAAGGAAUCUGGUGAUGAGAUUCAGAAGGGGAUUGGUGAGCCAUGAAAGGGUUGUUUGCUUUUCAUGCAGAGUGAGAUUGGAGUGAUUUUAUUUGUUUGUGUGUGGUGUAUUCAUUGAUGAGUUACAAUCUUCUUGUGUAGAGGAGAUUUGAAAUUGGAGAGGGUGGCUUUGUGUGGGGAAUAAAGCAAAGGGAGUGGGUGGGAAAUUAGUUUACACGUCGCCCACAAGAGCUUCUUUUGAAUGGUAAGUGACAAAUGUACGUGUCUUGUUUGAGAUGGGAUUCUAUUUGUGUGGUUUGGUUCCCACUUGCUUAGUAUUGAAAAAAUCCAAAAUGGAAUGAAAAGAAAAAGAAAGGCUCUGUGGGAAAGGAGAUCAGUGGGAGAGAGUACUGAGGCCUUUGUAAUUCCUUGGAUUGAUUUUUGGAGGAUUGAGGUUGACGUUGAUCUACUUGCCUAAGAAUAUAUGAUUCUUGGCUUUUAACCAAUGAGGUUGGAUUAUGUGAUUUUUUUUUUAAUCUCUCUUUUUAUUUCAUUUCAGCAACGCAUUAUCAUUUUCAUUAUUAUUCUAUCCAAAUUGAAAAAUACAAAUACGUGUGUUG